AAAUGAACCGUAGCUGUCUGCUUCGUAUGGGAGAAGAGCCGAACAUCCUAGUGUUUGGGGCUUCGGGUCAUUACAGCAAUGGAACAAUUAGGAAGGACCUGGCCUGUGACAGAAUCCCAGAAACAGCCACCCAGCUGCCAGGUGAAGGUGCCAUCGAAGAUAACCCACUUCUCUCACCCCCCGAAGAACAAGAGGAGCCGGAAUGGAGCCGGGAAAUAGACCAUGAUGACUUUGAGACCCUGUCCCAUCAGAGCGAAAGUCAAUCAGACACAAAACACGACCUCUUUGAAACUGCCUCUGACACAGGGUCCCUGCCCAUCGAACCUACUUGGGCUGCCUGCUUCCAUCCAAAUGGCCUUUCCACAGACAGAGAAGCAGGGUGCAGUUGGCCCGAUGUCCCAGCAAUUAGGCCAUCCCGGGACCAGCAUUCACCCUGUGACCCUGGACUUGUUGCAGAGGAAGAAUUAGAUUUGUCCCCCAGCAUUAAGGAAGAGUCUUACAAAAAUGACUUGUAUGCCUUGGGUGCAGUUGCUGGGAAUGAAGCAAAAGAACCCAUCUGGGACUGUGUGACCAGGCUGGAGCGAGAAUCUGUGCCAUCAGGGUGCUCCUCGAAGGCUUCCUCUGGCAGGUGCAGUCCCCACCUCACACAGAAAGUGUCUGGUCAAGACCUCAGGGGGCUUCCUGGUGCUUCUCUUCAGAAAUCCAGUUCUGAGAGCUAUCUGGACACCCCUGUGGUCUGGCCUUUGCUCCUGCAGCGCUGUGAGCUAAGUCAGAGCUGGCCACAGACCCACUGCAGGGCCAGGGCACCACAGCUACCUCAUGUAGGCUGGCUGGACUGCACAGUCUCCCUGCAGACCGGGACGAAGAAAGGAGGUGCUCCAGUCACUGACGCGGACGCGGCCUCACUCUGGGCCCAGCCCUACUUGGGUGCCACUUGCCAGCCUUCUCUGGGCACAGCUUGCCUCUUAUAUGCCAAGCAUCACCUCAGUACCCCAGGAGAUAUUGGUGAUAAUUGCAGGGCACCCCCAGGGCACCACUGUCAACACAGGACACUGACCAAGGCCCAUUCCAUAGCAGGGCUUCCCUUAGGCUCUCUGGAGUGUUCCGUGGGGCAGAACUGUGUGGGAUUUGGGACUCCAAUAAGGGAAAGGAUAGAAACCGAUCAGGAUCCAAGAAUACAGGGCCCGCUUUCCCCUGCACCCACGCAGCUGUUUCACUUACUCUGUGAUUCUCAAAGCAGGUCUCAUUUGCAGGCCCAGUACAGACGCAGUGGGUAUAGCUCGAAAAGGGCUUCUCAGGACACACCUUUGGAAGGUCUCCUGCAGGAAAACCAGUCAAGACAGGAUUCCAGGUCAUGCCCAGCUGCUCCAUUUGUGACUUCAGACUUGAUGAGGAUUGGCGCUCCAGAGGAAGUGCCCAGGCCUGCCGAGUGCAAGCUGGAACACAGCACAGAAAGCAGAUACCAAGAACCCCAAGGCACUUGCCCAGCACCCUAUCCUGCUGACUUGAGCAGCAAACAUAAUCACCUGCAGGUGGUUGCUGUCCAGGCAGGAAACCAAACCAGUAAUUGCACAUCAAAGUAUCUUCCCACUGCUAGAAGAAAGCUGCCCAGGAGGGCCAGCUUCCCAGGACACUGUGAUGGUGCAGUCAGGGUAGGGAGCAGAGAUGGGACGGGCUGCUGGGAAGUGGGUGACAGCUCAGACGCCCCAGAGACGACCCCAAAACCCCCAGCCACGGACACUUCAAAGAAAGCUGAAGGGGCAAUGCUACUAGACAUUAAGUGUAGGAGAAAUGCCCUGCAGGGUCUUUCUGAAUCCCCGGCAGCCAUAAUGUCUCCCUGUGGCCCUGGGGAGGAGGCGUGUGAAACCUGGUCUGGGGAUGGCACCGGGCCCUUAAGCACUGGUGGGCAGCUGGAGUCCAAUGCAGGCAAGGCCUGGAGGGGCAAGUGCACGUUCAUCAUUGUAGCUGUGGAACAGAAAGUUCCACAGGCCACCAGGAGGAAAGCUCGUGCACUCCUAGAAUCACGGUCUAGCGGCUUCCCAUGGGAAAGACCAGUGUCACCCAGAAGUACUGGCAUGGGCCCCUGUGAGUCUCCCAGAGCCUGGAAAACAUCGAUUUGUGAGCUGUCUUCAGCGCCUACACAGGGAGAGAGUGACAGAGCUCUUCAGCUGGUGGUCCAAAGCGCAGAGCUCAGGGGAGCUGUGGUCCCCAGAAACGCUUCCGAGGAGACGCCCCAGAAAGAGAGGAUACCUGAGGAAAUCCCGGUGCACACAGAGGGCACACAGCAGGCCGAGGCUCCGCCCUCUGCGGAGAGCCUGGAGCUCGAGCCAGGAGCUCCUGAGAUCCGGGGGGCGCUGGAGGAGCAGGACCCUGGCGCCUGCGCGCUUCCGACGCCAACACCGCCCCACCGGCUCCGCAAGGGCGCGCAGGAGUCCGGGAAGCGCCUGGCGUUCUUCAAGGCGACCUCUUUGAGGAAGGGCAAGCUCUUGGCGGCUGGGAGCCCGGGCCUGUCCGCAGGGGGCCGCACCUCGGGUUCGCCAGCGCCGGAAGAGCUCCACGCAGAGAGUCCCGUGGCUGCCGAAGGCUGGGACGAGUCGCCUUCGCCCCACGGGCAAAGGAGCGCUUCUCCCGGGACGGCGCCGCAGCGGGCAGACGAAGGCACCUCGGGGCCAGUAGAAGGCUGGCAUGAGGGGACACCAGGAGACCUCGGCGGCACAAGACCUUCCUCAGAAAGCUGUAACGCAAAGAGACUUAAAGUAACCGAGAGAAAGCUCAGGGCAAGAUUGGCCUCAGCCCAGAAGACCUUUUUUAAUCUUUUUGAGUCGAAGGUUGUAGAAAAAGAGAACGCUGCUGAACGCUCUUCGGACUCCCUCAAGGGCGAAAAGGAGAAGAGCAGGCCCCGCCACAGCUCCUGGCGUGCUUUUCUGAAAAGUAAAAAUGCGGAAGGCCUAGGCAGGCCUUCUUUAGUGAGUCCCUUCGGCCCCGGCCCCCCAGUGGCCAGCAGCUGCUGUGAGGAAAGUGCUGAGGACAAGGAGAGCUGUGUAUGUGGACAUCACUGGACGCCCCCGCCCUCCGCUGCACCUUUGUCAUCAGGGAGUCGAGUCUCUCCGGAACCCAGGAGGAAAAGCGAACCAACCAUCAAAUGCACAGCUCCCCAGGAGGGAGGUGGGUCCUUCCCUUCUGGUACCUUCCCUGAUCAGUGCUGGCUGCAGGCCCCCUCCAGCCUCGGAGACCAGCAAGCUGGCAUCAGCUGCACCCUUCCCUGCACCUCUGCCUGUUGCCCGGUCUGUGGACACCAAGGUAUACCCUGCAGACCCUUGAGCCCUAAGCCUCACAGUCCCAGGCCUGGAGCUCAGCUGGCCAGUCUCCGCUACCCUGGCAGGACCAGCGCCAUCUCCAUGAUUUCUCUAGGAAGCUACAGUGGAGUGGACAGCUGUUUGGAGAGCCCUGGAAAUCCUAAGACUCCCAAGGCCCGGACAAGCCUCCUGCUUUCUCUGCAGACCCUAAAUCUGGGUAACCAGAAGGAAGACAGCAGAACCAGCCAGUGUGGCCGCGGGCUGAGCACAGCGUCCUCGCUCAGGGACGAUCCUGGGCGUGAGAAUCACGUGCCGUGGGAAGGACCACCAGGUGAAAAGCCCAGCUGCUCCCAUUUUCACACAGAGCCAGCUCAGAAGCCACUCUGCACCCCUCGGGUAGUGCCGUGGACCUUGCCCUCCACCGCUGCAGAGGAUACUCCCAGAGAAGCCCCUCCGCAGCCCCGGAGACCCUUUGAGCACUCGCGUGUCAGUUGGGAUGACCUGUGGCUGGAGAAGAUGCAGGGGAAGAAGCCGGAGAAGCAGGUGCAGAUCCAGAAGAUGUGUGUGGAGAGAGCACACAGGGCUGGAGUGCAGUGCUGGAGGAAGAUGACUGCCGCCUCUCCAGAAUCUCUACAUCUCCCUAGAAGAAGCCAAACACUGUCCCAGAGUGCCCCCAGUGGACUGAACCUCACAGGCUGGCCGGAGCACACACCUGACACCGCAAUGCCGGAUGGAACCCUGGACACCGCCAUCCGCGCUGAAGAGGCGGGGAGCGAGGAGGACCUGUACGAGGACCUGCACAGCUCCAGCCACCACUACAGCCACCCCGCAGGGGGUGGGGAGCAGCUGGCCAUCAAUGAGCUCAUCAGCGAUGGCAGUGUGGUCUGUGCUGAAGCACUCUGGGACCAUGUCACCAUGGACGACCAAGAGCUGGGCUUCAAAGCUGGGGACGUCAUCGAAGUGAUGGAUGCCACCAACAGAGAGUGGUGGUGGGGCCGUGUCACCGACGGCGAGGGGUGGUUUCCAGCCAGCUUCGUGCGGCUGCGGGUGAACCAAGACGAGCCUGUGGAAGACGAUGAGGCCCCGCAGGCCCAGAACGGCGAGGCAGAGGACGGUGGAGCUGAGGUACAGAGCAGCAAGGACCAGAUGCGGACCAAUGUCAUCAAUGAGAUCCUCAGCACUGAGCGCGACUAUAUCAAGCACCUGCGAGACAUCUGCGAGGGCUACAUCAGGCAGUGCCGAAAACGCGCGGACAUGUUCAGUGAAGAGCAGUUGCACACCAUCUUCGGCAACAUCGAGGACAUCUACCGUUGCCAGAAGGCGUUCGUGAAGGCCCUGGAGCAGAAAUUCAACAGCAAAAGCCCACACUUGAGUGAGCUGGGUGCCUGCUUCCUGGAACAUCAAGCAGACUUCCAGAUUUACUCCGAAUACUGCAACAACCACCCCAACGCCUGCGUGGAGCUCUCGAGGCUCACCAAACUCAGCAAGUACGUGUACUUCUUUGAGGCCUGCAGGCUGCUGCAGAAGAUGAUUGACAUCUCUCUGGACGGCUUCCUGCUGACACCAGUACAGAAGAUCUGCAAGUACCCCCUGCAGUUGGCCGAGCUGCUUAAGUACACACACCCCCAACACAGGGACUUUAAGGAUGUUGAAGCUGCCUUGCAUGCCAUGAAGAAUGUGGCUCAGCUCAUCAACGAACGGAAACGGAGACUUGAAAACAUCGACAAGAUUGCUCACUGGCAGAGCUCCAUAGAGGACUGGGAGGGGGAAGAUCUCUUGGUUAGGAGCUCGGAACUCAUCUACUCGGGGGAGCUGACUCGUGUCACACAGCCUCAAGCCAAGAGCCAGCAGAGAAUGUUUUUUCUCUUCGACCACCAGCUCAUCUACUGUAAGAAGGACCUACUCCGCCGAGACGUGCUAUACUACAAGGGCAGGCUGGACAUGGAUGGCCUGGAGGUGGUGGACUUAGAGGAUGGGAAGGACCGAGACCUCCAUGUGAACAUCAAGAAUGCCUUCCGGCUGCACUGUGGCAUCUCAGGAGACAGCCAUCUACUGUGUGCCAGGAAGCCUGAGCAGAAGCAGCGCUGGCUGAAGGCCUUCGCCAGGGAGAGGGAGCAGGUGCAGCUGGACCAGGAGACAGGCUUCUCCAUCACUGAGCCGCAGAGGAAGCAGGCCAUGCUGAAUGCCAGCAGACAGCAGGCCACAGGGAAGCCCAAAGCUGUUAGCAGGCCCUGCUACCUGACACGCCAGAAGCACCCAACAGUGCCUGUCAGCCGGCCCCAACAGCAGGUCUUGGUCCUGGCAGAGCCCCGACGGAAACCAUCCACCUUCUGGCACAGCAUUAGCAGACUAGCACCCUUCCGCAAAUGAACCAGCACUCACCUGACAGCACUUUGUGGAUCUCUUCGCCCACAGCCCCAAGCUUUGCCUCCCCAAGGCCCGCUCCACCUGGCCAUUCUCUGCCUGAUUUGCAAACUGGAAGCGAGCAGGGCUAAGCAAAGGAGUUGCCAGUUGUUCACUUCUGGAUUUCAUCCCUGCUGCUGGUGCAGUGAAGAGACCAGCUGGGAGGUAGAUGCAGGGCUCCCGCACGAGCAGCACCUCCUGCAGCCUGCCUACCACCUCUCCGGCUCCACCUGCACUCUGGAGCCAGGGAGGCAUAGCUCAGACCAUCGGCAGGGCUGCCAUGCAGAAGUUGCUGGCUACUCCAGACUCCAGAAAUCUAAUCAUCCCUAAGCCUAUCUCUGGGCAGGAGAAGCUUGCCCUAUGGCCACCAGCCUCCUGCAAAGCCAGAUUGUGUGCCCCUCUGCCCUCCAGUUCUUAUAGGCCCACAACCCAGUGGGCCGGGCCAGGCCACUUGCAACCUCAGAAGGCAGGAAGCAGGAAUUCUGUGCCCAAAAUGUCUGGCCCAGAGCUGCCCUUCUGCCUCCUAGUCCCUCUAAACGCUGCUGGCUGCUGGAUACCUCUUCAUUUGUGAUGUUGGGUGUGUGUUGUGAGAACAAAACCAAACAGCCACAUAUGGAUGUUCAUGUUUUGUGACCAGUCCACCUGUAGCUGUAAGGUGGCUGCAGAAUCACGUGGUUUGUUUUGUUUGGAUUUUGUUGUAUUUUUUUUCUAGACAGAGAAAAAUAAUUGUUAGUGACACAGAAAGCCUUAUCCUAGUGAGCGUGAGAAGCCAUAAGGACUGAAUUCUUGGCCCAGGACCCAGGAUUGACCCACCCAGCCCAGGUGGCAGGCGUCAUGAGGCACCCACAUCCUGUGGGGAUGUGGGGGCUGCAGCCCACGCGUUGGCAUGGAGCCCACAGGACUCAGCAGCAGAGACGGUCACUCUUGCACUAUACCUUCUCCAAGCCAGAAACCACAUUAAUUUCAUAAAGAAACUUGUGAAAAGUAACCUGGCUGCCAGCCUCUUUGUUGGUGUGUGUGUGUCUGUGCAUUUUCUUCCACAUACACAACCCAGCUUUGCUUGCCUGCCACCCAGGGGAGGAAUGGGCCUAGAAGCAAGGGAAUAAGGACUGCAACCCCCAGAGCUGGCUAGGAAUGAGGCGCAGCUGACGCCAUUCCUCUCUGCCCUGGUCCCCAGGGCCUCCAGGCUGCUUCCCUUCCUUACUGCUCCUGGUGCAUUCUGCUGGGACUUUCUGGGGCUCAGCAUCAUCCCUGCUGAAUGGGAAGACCCCGGCCCCAAAAGCCAGGAGAGAAGCCUGAGGCCGCUUCCCUCUGUCUUCCACAGGGACACACAGCCCCUUACCCCACACAUACACUCCACUGCCUGCACAGCACCCCGACCAACCUCUGGCAAUUUCCUAACGUGUGAGAAGCUGCCAUACCUACCAGUCAAACUACACUGUAUCUGGGCAAAACUCAAUGAAACAACCAUGCAAAACAAAGUAUGCAACACAAGUCAAUCUUUAUUGAAAACUGCAGUAUUAAUACAUAACAAUUCAUUACAAUAAACGUGCCUUUAAGAAUUUUAAAUCUGAGCUCAUCCACUCAUCAGAUUGCAUAAAAAAUUAAAAUAGUAUGAAUUUACACCUAAUUGAACUGGCUCA